AUGUCUCGUGGCAAAAUUGAGUGUUUGGCUGACAGUGGGACUACCCACACUAUUUUGCGGAAUAGGCAAUUGUUUACGGAUUUUGUGCCUUACAAAUCCUCAAUGACAACCAUGAUUGGUUCAUCGCCGGUUAUACAAGGGCGAGGUAUUGCACAAUUCUUGUUGUCAAAUGGCACAAAGAUUCAUGUCACUGAUGGCUUAUACGCGCCAAAGGUCAAUCGAACCUUGCUAAGUUUUAAGGACAUUCGCACCAACGGUUUCCAUUUGGAAACUCAUCGUGAGAAUGAUAAAGAGUUUUUGUGUAUUACCUCUAAUGAAUGUGGCCGUAAGCGCAUCUUAGAGAAACUUCUUAGUCAAAGUAGUGAUUUAUAUCUUACUACAGUUCGGAUUAUUGAAUCCUAUGCAGUUGCUCGCAACUUCUGCAAAUCUGACUCAUAUAAUCUUUGGCAUGAUCGUUUGGGACAUCUUGGACGUGAUAUGAUGAUCUGUAUUCUUAAAAAUUUACACGGUCAUCCAUUUUCAGAGCACAGAAGCGAGAGUACAUCAAAAUCUUUUGAUGAUUAUUGCAUGUCUAUUGGGAUUGAUGUUGAACAUCCCGUUCCCCAUGUUCAUUCACAGAACGGUCUUGCAGAAGCAACAAUCAAGCGGUUACAGCUUGUGGCUCGGGCUUUGGUGAUGCGCACCAAUCUACCCGUAUCUACCACUGCCAACCAACCAUUUAGUGCGUACCAGUUGGUCACUGGAUAUGAGCCUGACAUUUCACAUUUACGCAUAUUUGGUUGCGCGGUCUAUGUGCCUAUUACGCCUCCACUGCGUACUAAAAUGGGUCCUCAGAGACGAUUGGGUAUAUAUGUUGGCUUUGAAGCACCAACGAUUGUCCGCUAUUUAGAACCUUUGAUAGGAGAUCUCUUUACUGCAAGAUUUGUAGAUUGUCACUUUGAUGAGACAUACUUCCCGUCGUUAGGGAGAGAAAGAAACGGUAAUGUUCCUGUUGAAUGA